GCUGUACAGUUUGUUUCACUUUUACUUUUAUCUUCCGAAGACAAGAGAAGCAAAAUGUCUGGCUCUGGACACCCUUAUAAUUCCUCAUAUGAGGUGUCAACAGGGACCACAAUUAUCGCAGUGGAGUUCGAUGGAGGGAUUGUCAUAGGGUCAGACUCACGGGUGUCGGCCGGAGAUGCUGUAGUAAAUCGAGUGUUUAACAAAGUGUCCCCCAUCCACGACAGAAUAUUCUGUGCACUGUCUGGCUCUGCAGCCGAUGCACAGACUGUAGCUGAGAUGGCUAGUUAUCACAUGGAUAUACACAGUAUAGAAAUGCAGGCUCAACCAUUAGUUAUGGCAGCCGCCAACCUUGUGAAAGGAAUCAGCUACAAGUAUAAAGAAGAGAUAUCUGCGCACCUCAUAGUGGCGGGAUGGGAUAGAAAGAACGGAGGACAGGUCUAUGGGACAUUGGGUGGAAUGAUCACACGGCAGCCUUUUGCCAUCGGAGGCUCGGGCAGUACUUACAUUUACGGUUAUGUUGACUCUGUCUACAAGCCAGGGAUGUCCAAAGAAGAAUGUGAGAGAUUUGCUGUCCAUGCUCUGUCCCUGGCAAUGCAACGAGAUGGCUCAAGUGGUGGUGUUAUCUAUCUUGUAACAACCACCAAGGAAGGAAAUAAAGAAGUCAUCAUAACUGGUGAUGACAUUCCACGCUUCUAUGACCUGUAACUGUGCAACUGCUUUAUGGUUCCCACAGUCAUCAGUAACACAAAUCAAUACAGGUUUCCAGGAUAUGAAUGUGAACACAGAUCGAACAAUGAAGGAAGGGACUGGGACUGGGCAUGGAACUAAUGUAAUGCUCCAUGUCUCAGUGAACUGAUCGGCCUUCAUUUGGGAUCCGUUAGGGCUCAUUCACUGUUUUGAA